AUGGUUGAGAAUCGUACCGGUGUAAUUCGAAGCGAAUCGGGAGACAUGAAAUCUCGUAUCGAAGUUUCCCAUGCAUUUGCUCCACCAACACCAGGUCCACGUAUCGUUAGUAUCGUCCCAACAACUCGAUUCGAGCAGCAGCGAGGCCUGCAAAGACGCGAAAAGAAACUCAGUGACAUACAACAGCUGACCGUCUCUAGUGCUCACCCACCUAACUACGAUAGGUGCUGUUCCGUCUGGCACGAGGAUGUUGUUUCGCUCGAUCUUUGCUCCGCCCGUUUCUUCAUGUAA